AUGGCCCAACAGGCGAUGGGUUGCGAGAAGCCCGAUCCCCCGCCGGUCGGCAUCAAGACGGACCCGGAGCAGCAGCCCGUCGCGGACAGGCAUCUGGACAACUCGACCGUCAAGAACAUCACCUGGAGCGGGGUCACCGUCACCGUCAAGGACAGGGAGACGAAGAAGCCGAAGAAGAUUGUGGACGACGCGGCGGGCGCAGUCCAGGCUGGCGAAAUCUGCGCCCUCAUGGGCCCCUCGGGCUGCGGCAAGACGACGCUGCUCAACGUCCUCGCACGCCGGCCAACCAACGCAAGCGACGUCCAGGCCAAGGUGCUCAUCAACGGCAAUCAAGUGUCGCAAUCGGCCUUUCGCCAACUGACCUGCUUCGUGGAACAAGAAGACGCGCUGAUCGGCUCACUGACGGUGCGGGAGACGCUCGAGUUUUCCUCCCGUCUCGCCAGCACGAGCUCGCUCCCCCGGAAAGAACGCAUCCUCCGCAUCGACUCCCUCCUGGCCUCCUUCGGGCUCACGGCGCAGGCGUCGACGCUCAUCGGCACGCCCAUCCGCAAGGGCAUAUCGGGCGGGCAGAAGCGCCGCAUCGGCGUGGCCAGCCAGCUCAUCACCAGCCCGCGCAUCCUGUUCCUCGACGAGCCCACCUCGGGCCUCGACUCGGCCGCCUCGCGCGAGGUCGUGAGCUACCUGCGCGCCGUGGCCCGGCGCCACGCCCUCAUCGUCGUCUGCUCCAUCCACCAGCCGUCCACGGCCACCUUCAACCUCUUCGACCGGCUGGUGCUCCUGUCGGCCGGCAAGACGCACUUCUGCGGGCCCGUCGCCGCCGUCGUGCCGCACUUUCGCGCCCUCGGCGCCGCCGUCCCCAACUACACCAACCCGGCCGAGUUCCUCCUCGAGCUCGUCAACCUCGACUUCUCGCACGAUACCGCCAGGGCGUCGGCGCGCCUCGACGCCCUCCACACGCAGUGGCUCGAGUCGCCGCAGGCCCGCGAGGCGGCCGCCCUCGUCGCCGACCUCUCCGCGACCGCGCACCCGCUCGACCUGUCCGAGAUGCGGAGGCCGUCGCCCCUGCGCCUCACCCUCACCCUCCUGCACCGAUCCUUCAUCAAGUCGUACCGCGACGUCGUGGCCUACGGCAUCCGCAUCGCCAUGUACACGGGGCUCGCCGUCAUGAUGGGCACCGUGUGGGUGCGCCUCUCGCCGGACCAGGAGUCCAUCCAGCCCUUCAUCAACGCCAUCUUCUUCGGGUCGGCCUUCAUGUCCUUCAUGGCCGUCGCCUACGUGCCCGCCUUCCUCGAGGACCGCCUCCAGUACGUCAAGGACCUGCGCAACGGGCUCUACGGCGCCGGCGAGUUCGUCGUCGCAAACUUCUUCAUCGGCGUCCCCUACCUGUUCUUCAUCUCCGUCCUCUUCUCCGUCAUCUCGUACUGGCUGUCCAACUUCCAGCCCACGGCCAAGGCCUUCUUCACCUGGAUCAUGUGGCUCUUCCUCGACCUGCUGGCCGCCGAGUCGCUCGUCGUCUUCAUGUCCUCCCUCGUGCCCAGCUUCGUCAUCUCCCUGGCGCUCGUGGCCUUCGCAAACGGCCUCUGGAUGUCCGUCGGCGGCUUCAUGGUCCCCCCGACCAUUCUCAACGCCUUUUACAAGUACGUCUUUCACUACUGGGACUACCAGAAGUACGUCUUUGAGGGCAUGAUGGUGAAUGAGUUUGCCGAGCGGACGUACGCCUGCGGGGAGGGCUGUCGCUGCAUGUACGAGUCGCCAUUGGCUGAUCGCUGCGAGAUUGCCGGCCAGGCUGUCCUGGACCAGUACGGCUACUCGACUGGCAACAUGGGCCAGAAUGUCGGCAUCAUGAUUUCCAUUAUUGCCGGGUAUAGAAUCGCUUCGUGGAUUGUUUUGAAGCUGCGCAAGUAG